CAAAGCUUAAAUCUUAUUGUGAGUUCACUUUUGUUUAUUUGGGGGCUUGGUUGAACCUCCAGUAGUUCUAAGACCGGUUUGGAUCCCAGCGGAGCUUUUUACUGUGUGCAGUUCUGGCAAUGCGAUUCUGUGUGCUGAGAGCUUUUAUUUAGCAAAUACUAAACCGGCUGCUCUCGGUUACAUCUUCCGCGCCAACAUGCAAAAGAAUGAUUUUUUUUUUUAUGAACUUUAUUUAAAUGAAAUUAGUAUACAUCAAAACAGCAUAAUGAACUAUACAACAUUCAAGCAAUACAACCAAGGGUGAUUAGAUAAGAACAUGCAAAGACGUACAUAUCGAGAUUGUCCUUUGAGCCUUUAAAUUUGUAGAGUCUGUUAUUGAUUUGAUAUAUAGAACCAUAUCUUUAAUGAAAAAAGAAAAACAAGGUGUUUUAUUAGCAAAUUUGCAUUUAUGAAUAUAAAGUUUAGCAAAGAGUAUUAGUAAGUUUAUCAUAAAGAAAUGAUUAGCAACCUUUCUAUGAAAUCUAUAGAAACAAAAUAAAACAUUUUCCCAGCAUAAAGAAAAAUUCUUUAAAAUAUGGUAAAUAAUAAACCUGCUAAAUUCAGACCAAAACCUUUGUAUAAUAGGGCAGAGCCAAAAAAGAUGUCACAGUUUCUGGAUGGCCCUAAAAGAAAGUGCAAUUAGUGUUUACGUCGCUUUUAUAUUUUAUCAUAUAGUGUUUAGCAGGGUAAAUUUUAGGGAGAAUUUUAAAUGAAACUACCUUCACCUUGUUUAUAAUUAAAUAUUUAUGGGGGAUCAUCCAAACAGUUUUCCAGUGAAUACCUGGGAUAUAACGGCUCCAAUAAAGUGUUAUGGCUGGACGAGAAACAGUAAGUUCUUGGAACAACCUGCGUAUUCUCUCAUUGCUUUUCCUAAACUCCAUUGAAAAACAGCUUUUUCCCACAGAUGAUUCGGUUAGAACAGGGAUAAAAGGUGGAACAGACAGAGUAUAAUUAGUGUUUUUAAACAACAUUAAGGUGCCCAAAGGUACAGCAUUAAAAAACUUUAUGUUUACUAGCGUAUUGUCGUGAUAUACAAACUUGUUCAUUGACGGGGCUAUGCUAAAAAUUAUAAACACCCCCAUCUAGUGGUAGAAUUAAUUAUGACAGCUGAUGAAUGAGCCAAACAUGCCUCCAUUAAUGGAAUAGAAAAACAUAAUAUAAAAUAGCAUGAAACUUGACAUUUUUGAAUUAUAUCACAGUCAUAUUGUUCACAAAAUACCAUAUUUACAAUACUUUUCCUUUGCUGUUCAAAGCCAAACAUGUACUGGAUUUUUGCCAAGAUAAACACGCCAUCUUUCUGGAAUUAAUGUUUCACUUGUCUCUACAUGUGUUAGUAGACAACUAGAUUGAUUCAGACAUGGACAUAUUCAAUGCCAGGAUUGGUUGGACAUCUUUCAUCAUAUGGUUUCUGCAUCUGUUGGUGUGUGAGUGUGUCCCACUGCCGGACUCAGGGCAGUGUCCUCAGCUCCAUCCCGUCAACCUGCAGAAGCAGUGGGAGAUCAGCGUCCCGGACGGCUUUCAGAUCAACCUGACCUUCACACAUGUGGACAACAAAUCCUCAAUUACUGUCCUAUAUGAUGAAAAAGUGCUUGGAAAGUUUUGUGGCAAUGAGAACUCUGCUGAUGGACAUCACCCCGGCCACCAGCCCAUUUUGUCUCCAGGCAGCAGACUCACCCUGAUAUUCCAGUCCGAUGACUACAACCCGGACCGAAAACAGAAUGUGGGAUUUUCUGCUCAGUACCAAGCAAUAGACAUUGAUGAAUGCUCAGCACCAGAACCUGAGGAUGGAUCAGGUCCACUCUGCUCUCAGAUCUGCCUCAACACUCUUGGGUCAUACCGCUGUGCUUGUCACCAUGGCUACAAGCUACGCUCAGACCAACGCACCUGCAUGUUAAUUGACUGUGGAGAACCUGAGCCGCUGCUGAAUGGAGGAGUAACAUUGCUGUCUGGCUUCCAGAACCAAUAUCUUUCUGUUGUUCAGUAUCAUUGCAAUGAACCAUUUUAUUCACCAUAUGGUGGCAAUAAUGUUUCUCUCACCUGUGAAGCAGAUGGACAGUGGAGAACCAACCAUGAUGUUAUUUUAAGACCAGCAUGCCUACCAGUUUGUGGUCGACCAACAAAACAAAUUGAAAAUCCCUUUCAGAGGAUUAUUGGAGGAAAUGAAGCUGCAGAGCAUACCAUCCCAUGGCAAGCUUUAAUAAAUGUAGGUGACAGCAGGGGAGGAGGUAUGAUCAUAGCAGAUCGCUGGAUCUUGACUGCAGCUCACGUGGUUGUGACUAAUGGACAAGUACAAACUCCUGAGGCUUUAUCUAUUUACCUUGGCGUUACAGAUGUUCACCAAAUUAUAGAAACUCCUUCCCUGAAUGCAACUGCAGUCCAUGUUCACCCUGAAUAUAAUAAUCCAGACAAUUUGAACUUUGACCACGACAUUGCAUUGAUAAAGAUUAAAGACUCGGUCACAUUCCAAGCAGCAAUAAUGCCACUGUGUCUGCCAUCACAGGGUGACACAUAUGACACGGGAAUGAUGGGGCUGGUAUCCGGCUUUGGCAUUGCAGGCAAGGGCUAUCGGCAGCGUUUUCUACCAAAUAAGCUGAAGUAUGUACAUAUUCCAGUGGUGGAACAGGAAAGAUGUAGUAAUUCUUUGAAGGGAAUACGUAAUAGCCGGACACCAAACCUGACAGACAACAUGUUCUGUGCUGGAACUCCUGAAGGCUGGAAGGACUCUUGCCAAGGUGAUGAUGGGAGUGGCUUCACUCUGCAAUCUGAAAAUGGACGAUUCUGGGCUGCUGGGAUUGUCAGCUGGGGGGUCAAAUGUGGACAGAAAGGAACAUACGGAUUUUAUACCAAAGUGGCAAAUUAUGUAGACUGGAUUAACAAGAUCAUGCAGGAAAAUUGAAAGCAUUCAAGCAUUGAAGCUUCAUUGAAGCAUUGAAGCCCAAUAACAACUUGAGCUAUAUAUACAGAGAAAAAUGAAUCUGUGGUGAAAUAAAUUUAAGACAACUGAAUCUGUGAAUUCAACCAUAAAAAUUCAAGUCAGUAUCUUAACACAAAUAUAUGUAGUGUUAAGGUAAAAAAUGUUUGUUCAAGAUAAAAUUGUUUUCAGAAAAUAAAUAGCUUAAGUACUAAGAGCCUGUCUUUUUAAAUUCAUCACACAACAAAAAACAAUCUUGUUAUCUUUACUGUGUUCAAAACACCAAAUAAUACCUGUAAGCCAUCAGAGUUCCCAAGCACCAACGGAUCAGUAGUGAUUUGAAGUAUACUGAUAAAAAUAUUCUGUUCUAUCUACUUAAAAAAUGAAGUUAAAUAAAAUUUUUGAUCAGGAUAUCCCCAGAUGUUACUCUGGUGAUAUCUGCUGUAGCAAAUCUGUAAACCAAAGUGAAAAUUUUGAACAUUUGUACAACUGAUUUCUGUGUUGAAAAAUAAAAUAUGCACUGAUGA